AUGGCUAACUCUUUGUCUGCUGAGCAGCCAAAAUGCCAUGCAGACGAGAGCUCCGCCCUGCUGCAAUUCAAACAAAGCUUUUCAAUUGGCAAAUCCACUUCUAGUGAUCCUUCUGCUUAUCCGAAGGUUGCAUCAUGGAACCUUGAAGGAGAUAGUGGCGAUUGCUGCUCAUGGGAUGGCAUUGAAUGCAAUCAGGAGACGGGUCAUGUGAUUGGGCUUGACCUCAGCAGCAGUUUCCUCCACGGUUUUAUCAAUUCAAGCAGCAGCCUCUUCAGCCUAGUUCACCUUCAGCGACUUAACCUUGCUUAUAAUGACUUCGAUUACUCUUGCAUUCCAUUAGAAAUUGGCCAUCUCUCAGGGCUAACAAGUCUCAACUUUUCCUCUUCUGUAUUUUCCGGUCGAAUCCCUUCGGAAAUCUCAAAAUUGUCCAAAUUGGUUUCCAUUGAUCUUUCUUUCAAUGUAGACUCAUCAAAUUCAGGACUGAAAUUUGAAAAGCCUGGUCUGAGAAGCCUACUUCAUAACUUGACUAACCUCAAAGUGCUUCGUCUCAAUGACGUGAGCAUAUCUUCUGAAGUACCUGAUACGUUGGCCAACUUAACUUCCUUGACAACUCUCGUUCUUGAAAGUUGUGGGUUGCAUGGUGAGUUUCCAAUAAGCAUAUUUUAUCUACCAAACCUUCAAGUUCUUGAUGUAAGUUCCAAUGGAUAUCUCAUUGGCCAUUUGCCCGAAUUUCAUCCAAGUAGCCCCCUUCAAGAUUUGAUGCUUUCUGGCACCAGCUUUUCAGGGAAGCUACCAGAUUCGAUUGGAAAUCUUAAUUUCUUGAAUCAAUUAGAUUUCUCUAGCUGCUAUUUCUCAGGGUCCCUUCCAGCUUCACUCGGUAAUUUGACCCAACUCAAUUAUGUGUCGCUUUCAUCCAACAAAUUUAAUGUAGGGACCCUACAAUUGCUUGGCUUUGAGCAACAUCCAGGACCACUACCAAUUCCACCAUUAUCCAUCCACUAUUAUAGUGUCUCAUACAACAAAUUGACAGGAGAACUUCCGCCAUUGAUCUGUCGAAUAAGUUCUCUUUAUGUUCUUGAUUUGUCUAAUAACAACUUGACUGGAACUAUUCUUCCAUGUUUGAGUAACUUCAGUGAUUCUUUGAAAGUUCUAAAUCUCAAAGGCAACAACUUUCAGGGUCCCAUUCCUCACUCAUACAAUAGAGGAAACAAAUUGAAGAUGAUUGACUUCAGUGAUAAUAAAUUACAGGGGAAGGUGCCAAGAUCAUUGGCAAAUUGUACUGAGCUUGAGAUUCUUGAUCUCUCAAAUAAUCUAUUUGACGAUACAUUCCCCUUGUGGUUAGGAGAUCUUACAAAGUUACAGGUUCUCAUCUUGCGAUCCAACAAAUUCUAUGGUGCAAUAGUGAAUCCCAAAAUUAAGUUAGAGCUACCAAAUUUGCACAUCAUUGACCUCUCUCAUAAUGGUUUUACAGGUAAUUUGCCAUCAAAAUACUUUCAAAGUUGGAAUGCAAUGAAAUUUUUUGAUGUCGACAAGAUGAAAUAUAUGGACACAAUCAUUGAUGUUGGCGGGAACAAUGACACCCAAUGGAGUUAUGACUAUUCGUACACAAUGAGCAUUAUAAACAAGGGUGUAAAUACAGAAUACCAGGAGAUCCCGAAUAUCUUCACUGCCAUUUAUCUCUCAAGCAACAAAUUUGAAGGGGUGAUUCCAAAAUUUAUUGGAAACCUUAAAGGGGCUUCAGGUGCUCAACCUUUCCAACAAUGA